CUCAGCCACAUUUGGCCUUAAUUGAAUCCUGGCUAGCUACCUCUUCACUAUACGAAAAAAGCGCAAAAGUCGUUCGAAUAUUCAGUCCAUUUGCGACCAAAAAUCCUUUACAAAUAAAUAUUUUCUGACGUACUUGGAGCACCGGGUCAAACAACUAUAACCAUGGAGUCUGUCAAGAAGACGUACAACGAGCAGUACGAAAAGUGGGUGCCUUGGCUCGAGGACAUGUUUUUGAGUUAUUUUACCAAGGAUAACAAGGCAAGCUACACAGCUAAGGACAACCUGUCCAAGACCAAGGUUACGGGUGUAAAGCAGGUCGAUACCCUCCAAGACGGCAUCAACAACACGGUCGGCGAUCAGCUAGGACAGGAUGGUCUAGCUCGCCCCGUGGGAGACAUAGUGUCCAAGGAAGGCCUUAACCGCUUUGAGCGCAAGGGCAAGGGUGAGGACGGCAACUACGACUCCACUGGUGUGACUGGGAAGUUGUCACAGGGUGGAAGUGCUGUCACGAGCGGUGUUAUGGACGGGGGGAAGGCUGUCGGUGGUGCAGUCGGGGGUCUUUUUGGUGGCGGUGGUGCGAAAAAGGUGGACCAACAAUAGAGUAUGAUAUUGCCAGGAGGCCUGUUAUCUCAUUUCUUCCACUUUCCCACAAGUGUUUAUAUAUACUUGUGCCCUUGCCUGGUUUGCCUUCACCCUGUCCUGCUUUACCUUCCUCUUGCUUACUCUCUGUUUAUUCAGUCGAGGCACGAAUAUGCUGUCAGAUAAUACGCAUAAUACAAUGAUACCCC